UCGACCGGCCGACCGUUCGGCUGUGCCGCUGCUGUAGGGCGUUCCGCGGGACCAUGGGGUCUACUCAUCGACCCCCACUGGCCGUGAUUCUGCCAUUAGCUGUGGCUGCUCUGUCAGGCGGUGCCGAUUCCGCCGUCUGGUACGAGGAUCGAAUUAGCAACGGGUGUCGGUUCGAGCCAACCGUCGGCCAGGCCGUUACCAUGGCUUGUGACUACGACGGUGUCAGCUACAGCAGGACGAGAUUUUUUGCUGGAGAACUUCCGCUUUCUAUUCAAGACAUUCGGAUUUCAAAUGCCAGGGGGAUCAUCAUAAAGGAUGAUGCUCUGACGGGCCUAAGAAAUCUCCGCGCAUUUCAUCUGAACAACAUCAGCAACCUCCGGAUUGGUAAAACCGAUUGGAGGAGUACAACGAAAACGGAGAAUAUGACCAUUACAAUGAAUGAUAUAAACCGACUUUACCUGGACCGUGAUGUCUUUUCAAGACUACAGAGUCCUGGUCCCGAAAUUGUCAUCAGCGGAGUGACCAGCUGUAGCAUUGCUGAGUCUGCGUUUGCAGCCGACUCUGUCAUCAAAAGUGUGUCUUUCCAAAACAUCCAGAGCUUGAUCAUAGAGGACAGCGCGAUUCAGUCCCAAAUAGAUCAAGUUCAUAUAAACAACACUGCGUUGCCCGACGGGUGUGGGAACAACUCUUUCAGCGGGCACGUCAGCAACUUCAUCCUGAAUAGGGUGACGAUCGUCCCGACCAUCCGGAGUGGCUGCCUUCAGGCUGAUGACGGCUGGGGGAACCUCACUGUGCUGUCCAGUCAACUAGGAGACAUCGAGCCCCUCGGCAUCAGCGGCACGUUCGACCACUUCCAGAUCCGGAACAGCAGCGUGGGGCGAGUUGGCCAGAGCGGGCUGAACCUCAGCGCGACCUCAUUCAUCAUCUACUCCACUGAGGUCAAGGAGCUGUCGUCGCACGCGUUGGACGUGCGCUUCAACCGAUCAGCGUUACUGCAAAUGUCUUCGUUCAUGUCGGUGCGCGCCAACGCUUUCGUCAGUCUUGCAGCCAAUCCCCGAAGAGUAGCAACGCUUUCCUUCCAGCAAGUCAUAGCUCACGAAGCGGAGUAUGGCUCCCUGAACCUCGCUGAGUACGGACGGGUGUCCCAGCUCGACAUUGCCCUCCGCAUGCCGUGUAGCUGUCAUCCCAACCGCCAGGCGCUCCGGCUCGUGGCAGGGGACGAAAUGUCGAAUAACGACCAGGGAAGAGGAACGCGGCAGGUCCUGGCUCAGGUUCGCUGCGCGGCUGGAGCACUCACGCCGACCCUGGCAGAGUUUGUCUGCUCGAAGUGCGCUGAUCGCGGUGAAGCUGCGUCUCUGUGCCAGGCUAUAGAAGCCAGAAGUUCUGGUUGGAAAAUCUGGAAGCUGGCCUUUGCCAUCGGGCCACCACUGCUGGUCGUGGCUGUAGCUGCUUUGGUGAUAGGUGGAAAAGUGAGGCAGAGAAACACCAGCCCACCGAGCGGCAUAAGCCCGUCACUGGAGCUAGCACAGCUCCCAAAGCCAGUCGCUUUUGAGCGCCGUUACACUGCAGCUCCAAAACCGAAAUCACGUCAGCGUCAGAACGCCGGUGGUGGCGUCACACCACAUCAGCGCGACGAGGUCGACAGCAGCGGUCCUGGGGAGCAGCAUCAUGACCUUGACUCAGAGGCAGUGUACUGUGAGUUGAACGACAUUCGCUAUGUGCCCAAGGACCUGCCGCUAGGUAUCGCAGGUCAACCGAUGUACGAUGACUGUGGUCCCGCAGGUCAGCCAGUGUAUGACGACUGUGGCCCCGCAGGUCAGCCAGUGUAUGACGACUGUGGCCCCGCAGGUCAGCUAGUGUAUGACGACUGUGGCCCCGCAGGUCAGCCAGUGUAUGACGACUGUGGCCCCGCAGGUCAGCGACGUUAUUGAUAAUGAUCUGCCGUAUCAACCAGUGUCAAAAGUCUUUGAUCACGUGGUUCAGCGGGUGAAUGGUAAGGCGAUGUAGUGUGUAAGGAAGUGUACCCCGAACCAACGAGUUAACGAUAGCUUGUGUAAGUUUACAGGGUCAGUGAUGUAUGAAGUUACCCUGCCUAAUUAGGUGCGUCUCCAUAAGACAAGAUGACGUUCAACUCGUUUUGUGCGAGCACGGAGCAAUGUACCUGCCCGCACACAAAGAUGAAUAAAUUGCAUAGCUUCA